AUGGCGAAUGGUGAUCACGUUCAGAAUGUCUGCCCUGAAAUUCUCAUCGAGGAUCGUCCUCUCCAGAAUAUCGUCCCUGAAGGCGCCAUUGAGAAUCCUCUUACCCAAAAUCCAGGUCCCGGAAACCCUCACCCUGAUGCUCCCAUUGACGGAAAUCAACAAGAUGCACUUCGUCAAACCCAGAAUGUUCCCGAGAAACUCCACUGGAGAGAGCGACAUCGUAUGCGAUCGAUCGAGUAUUGGCGAAAAAAAAAUCAAAAUCGUGGCAAUCGUCGUAUUCCCCCCAACGCUGGGAAUGUUAUAAAUAAAAACAUCUCUGCACAGACUCCACCAGCUGGAAAUCCCCGUCCCCAAAAGAGGCGCCAUGCCAACAAUCCUCCCCAACAUCAUGAUAAUUCUUCCACGGGUAAUGCUGAUCACCUUCAGACUAUCCUUUCUGAGAAUCCGAUGGAAGAUCAUCCUCUCCAGAAUGUCGGCUCUGAGGCCGCCAUUGAAAAUCCUCUGCCCCCAAAUCCAGCCCCUGGAAACAUCCACACACAUCAUGAUAAUUCUCCCAUGGCGAAUGGUGAUCACGUUCAGAAUGUCUGCCCUGAAAUUCUCAUCGAGGAUCGUCCUCUCCAGAAUAUCGUCCCUGAAGGCGCCAUUGAGAAUCCUCUUACCCAAAAUCCAGGUCCCGGAAACCCUCACCCUGAUGCUCCCAUUGACGGAAAUCAACAAGAUGCACUUCGUCAAACCCAGAAUGUUCCCGAGAAACUCCACUGGAGAGAGCGACAUCGUAUGCGAUCGAUCGAGUAUUGGCGAAAAAAAAAUCAAAAUCGUGGCAAUCGUCGUAUUCCCCCCAACGCUGGGAAUAGAAACUCCACUGGAGAGAACGACAUCGUAUGCGAUCGAUCGAGUAUUGGCGAAAGAAAAAUCAAAAUCGUGGCAAUCGUCGUAUUCUCUCCAAUGCUAGGAAUGUUAGAAAUGAAGACAUCCCUGCACAGACUCCACCAGCUGGAAAUCCCCGUCCCCAAGAGAGGCGCCAUGCCGACAAUCCUCCCCCUCCAAUGCCUCUCCCUAGAAGACGCCCAGUUGAGGAUCAUCCCCCUCCGAAUCGCCUACCUGGAAAUGUUCGUCGCUUCCCAAUUCCCCAACCCCGAAGACCCCCCGGUGACUCCACCAGCUGGAAAUCUCCGUCCCCAAAAGAGGCGCCAUGCCAACAAUCCUCCCCAACAUCAUGAUAAUUCUUCCACGGGUAAUGCUGAUCACCUUCAGACUAUCCUUUCUGAGAAUCCGAUGGAAGAUCAUCCUCUCCAGAAUGUCGGCUCUGAGGCCGCCAUUGAAAAUCCUCUGCUCCCAAAUCCAGCCCCUGGAAACAUCCACACACAUCAUGAUAAUUCUCCCAUGGCGAAUGGUGAUCACGUUCAGAAUGUCUGCCCUGAAAUUCUCAUCGAGGAUCGUCCUCUCCAGAAUAUCGUCCCUGAAGGCGCCAUUGAGAAUCCUCUUACCCAAAAUCCAGGUCCCGGAAACCCUCACCCUGAUGCUCCCAUUGACGGAAAUCAACAAGAUGCACUUCGUCAAACCCAGAAUGUUCCCGAGAAACUCCACUGGAGAGAGCGACAUCGUAUGCGAUCGAUCGAGUAUUGGCGAAAAAAAAAUCAAAAUCGUGGCAAUCGUCGUAUUCCCCCCAACGCUAGGAAUUUUAUAAAUAAAAACUUCUCUGCACAGACUCUACCAGCUGGAAAUCCCCGUCCCCAAAAGAGGCGCCAUGCCAACAAUCCUCCCCAACAUCAUGAUAAUUCUUCCACGGGUAAUGCUGAUCACCUUCAGACUAUCCUUUCUGAGAAUCCGAUGGAAGAUCAUCCUCUCCAGAAUGUCGGCUCUGAGGCCGCCAUUGAAAAUCCUCUGCCCCCAAAUCCAGCCCCUGGAAACAUCCACACACAUCAUGAUAAUUCUCCCAUGGCGAAUGGUGAUCACGUUCAGAAUGUCUGCCCUGAAAUUCUCAUCGAGGAUCGUCCUCUCCAGAAUAUCGUCCCUGAAGGCGCCAUUGAGAAUCCUCUUACCCACAAUCCAGGCCCCGGAAACCCUCACCCUGAUGCUCCCAUUGACGGAAAUCAACAAGAUGCNUAG